AAUAUUCUGAAAAAAAAAAAAAUUGAACGUGUGCCCCUGCUCGAUCAGUUUUUUCGUAGUUUCGACAAAAUAAUCCCAAUCAUUUCUCGCAUCUGUCGAAGCUCGCGGUCUUUGGAAGUCGCGAGUGACUAUGCGUGAGAUCGUCCACAUUCAAGCGGGCCAAUGCGGCAACCAGAUAGGUGGAAAAUUUUGGGAGGUCAUUUCGGACGAGCACUGCAUCGAUGCGACGGGGACGUAUUAUGGCGAUAGUGACUUGCAGCUGGAGCGCAUUAAUGUGUACUACAACGAGGCCACCGGUGCCAAGUAUGUGCCACGAGCCAUACUCGUUGACCUAGAGCCCGGAACUAUGGACUCUGUGCGCUCAGGUGCCUUUGGCCAGAUCUUUCGACCGGACAAUUUUGUCUUCGGUCAGUCUGGAGCGGGCAAUAACUGGGCGAAAGGACACUACACAGAAGGCGCGGAGCUGGUAGACUCGGUGCUGGAUGUGGUGCGCAAAGAGUCUGAAGGCUGUGAUUGCCUUCAAGGAUUUCAGUUGACGCACUCACUGGGUGGUGGUACAGGAUCAGGCAUGGGCACAUUGCUAAUAUCCAAGAUCCGUGAAGAGUAUCCGGACCGCAUUAUGAACACAUUUUCUGUGGUGCCCUCACCCAAGGUGUCAGACACAGUGGUGGAGCCCUACAACGCAACACUCAGCGUACAUCAGUUGGUAGAGAACACGGAUGAGACGUACUGCAUCGACAACGAGGCACUUUACGACAUUUGCUUCCGUACACUGAAGCUAACAACACCAACGUACGGUGAUCUAAACCAUCUGGUCUCUGCUACCAUGUCGGGAGUGACCACUUGCUUGCGCUUUCCCGGUCAACUAAAUGCUGAUCUGCGCAAACUUGCAGUCAACAUGGUUCCGUUCCCACGUCUGCACUUCUUCAUGCCAGGAUUUGCGCCAUUGACAUCACGUGGCUCGCAACAAUACAGGGCCCUUACCGUGCCGGAGUUAACUCAGCAGAUGUUCGAUGCCAAGAACAUGAUGGCUGCUUGUGAUCCGCGCCAUGGUCGCUAUCUGACCGUUGCAGCGAUAUUCCGAGGCCGCAUGUCAAUGAAAGAGGUCGACGAACAGAUGCUGAAUAUACAGAAUAAGAACAGUAGCUUCUUUGUGGAGUGGAUACCGAACAAUUGCAAGACCGCUGUUUGCGAUAUUCCGCCACGUGGUCUUAAGAUGUCAGCCACGUUCAUUGGGAACUCCACUGCUAUCCAGGAGCUCUUUAAGCGUGUCUCCGAGCAAUUUACUGCCAUGUUCCGGCGCAAGGCGUUUUUGCAUUGGUAUACGGGCGAAGGCAUGGAUGAAAUGGAGUUCACCGAGGCGGAGAGCAACAUGAACGAUCUGGUCUCAGAGUAUCAGCAGUACCAGGAGGCUACUGCUGACGAGGAAGGAGAGUUCGAUGAAGAUGAAGAAGGUGGUGGCGACGAAUAGGUUGAUUCUACUACAUUACCCUAACACAGACUUUGAGCGAUUGUCCUACAUAUUGUCCUCUCUCUUUAACACAUUACAAGCCACUUAAGCCAAUAACAUUGCCACCUAACAUAACCGUCACAAAGAAACCAAUGAAGAAGCAAACGACCGACAGACCAACUUAAAACUACACAAGCGCUUAUACGUUGUUAUCUAAGCUAAUUAUUAUAUUUAAGACUCCUGCCGAUUGUACAUAUUUCUACACAAUCAUACACUCAACACAUGUGGUGUUGUUCUCUCUGAUAUGGUAAUAAAACGGACAAAUUGUGAAUACUUGA